AUGCCCAUUCCCAUUAUUGCCCAGGGCAUUCAGGAGGGCAUUAGCUCAAUCCCAUAUGCCUGGACGGUGAUCAAGACAGCACCAUGGCUUCUCUUGAUCGCCGCGCUGAAGUAUUACUUUGGCGGAGCACGCAACACCUCCGAGCGGUUGAUGCACUCUAAGGUGGUGAUGGUGACAGGCGGUACGUCCGGCAUUGGAGCUUCCGUCGUUCAAGAACUAGCUACUCGCGGCGCCCAAGUCAUCCUCCUAACCAAGCAACCCCCCUCCGACCUCUUUCUCGUCGAGUACAUCGAAGAUCUGCGCCGUACAACGGGCAGUCAACUCAUCUACGCCGAACAAGUGGACCUCUCGUCUUUACACUCAAUCCGCACCUUCGCCACGAAAUGGAUCGACAACAAUCCUCCCCGACGCCUCGACGCCGUAGUCCUCUGCGGCGGCGUCGCCGUCCCAUCCAGCGCACGCAAGAACACCCUCGACGGCAUCGACGAGGAGUGGCAGAUUAACUACCUCGCCAACUUCCACCUCCUAAGCAUCCUCAGCCCCGCACUACGUGUGCAACCAGCCCACCGAGACGUCCGAGUCGUCUUCGCAACGUGCUCCAGCUACAUCGGGGCUAAAUUCGAUCUGGACAUUGUAAAGCGUGGAAAUGACGCUUCCGCUACAUCCGCAAAGAACAAAUCCAAGACACCUCCCGUAUCGAAAAAGGGUAUCUACGCCCUCAGCAAAUUCUCCCUCAUGACCUUCGCCCACUCCUUCCAGCGUCAUCUAAACGCCUACGCUCGACCAGACGGUCUACCCCCCUGCACCCGCGUCCUCGUCGUCGACCCCGGCCUCUCGCGCACCCCAGGGACACGUCGCUGGCUAACCGGCGGUUCCCUCUGGGGUCUGCUCCUGUACCUCCUCACCUGGCCACUGUGGUGCCUGAUUCUCAAAUCACCACAACAAGGUGCCCAGAGUAUCCUGUACGCCCUGAUGGAAGAGAGCUACUCACGCGGCGAGGGCGGCUGGAUGAUCAAGGAGUGUCGGGAGGUAGACUGCGCGCGACGAGAUGUCCGGGAUGAGGAUUUGGGUAAGCGGUUGUGGGAGUUUAGUGAGAAGCAGAUUGAGGAGGCGGAGAAGGAGAGUGCUGUGAGGCGGGCGCUUGAGAAGAAGGAGAAGGAGGCGGCGGAGGAGAAGAAGAAUCGGAAGGAGACUUCUUCUGGGAAGGAGAAGAGUGCUGGGUCGAGGAGGAGUCGGAAGGGGAAUAAGAAUUAG